AUGAAAUCCGUCUUCUUAUUCUCUACGCUUCUUCUACUUGCUGUGGCGUCUGCGGCACCAGAACCAGCCCCCAUACCGCAGUUGAGCGGCGGAACCAUCACUUGCAAUAUCCGAAGCACUUGUGGAUCCGGCCCCGUUCCGUAUCGACAGACUGCUUAUGUCAACGGUCAGAUUCUAGGAUAUUAUGCUCCUGGGACUCGGCUGAGUCUGAGCUGCUACAAGAUCACAGAACCUGGUGGCUGUGGCGAUAGCAACAUCUGGUACAAGGAGGGAAGCCGUGGUGGCUAUGUGCCCUCUGCUUGCUUUGAAGGCUGUACAGGAGCCCCUCCUACUAUUUACUAA